AUGGUAUCCAAAAGCUUCCCAGCUGCUGAACGCAGCGUCAUGAUGGUUUCUGAGGAAGUAAGGACAAUAAUCCAAGGCAAAAUCCCGGUCAAGAGACCUAAUCCGGGCAGUUUUGUUCUAGAUUGCAGUAUACGAAAUAAAAGUUUUCCUCGAUCCCUCUGUGAUUUAGGUUCCAGCGUAAACCUCAUGCCACACUCUGUCGCGAUAUCCCUGGGAUACGACGAGUUCAAACCUAUCAAAAUAACUUUGGUUCUUGCCGAUAGAUCCGUUAGAGUACCAGAGGGAGUACUUGACGACGUGCCAAUAAUGAUUAACGACUGUCACGUACCUACGGAUUUUGUUGUCCUAAAAUAUCAGAAUGAACCGAAAGACCCCCUCAUUUUGGGUAGACCAUUUCUAGCUACAGCUAGUGCGGUCAUCGAUGUCAAGGAAGGUAGGAUAUGUCUAAAUAUUGGAAACAUUCCGAUGACCUUCGACAUGGAAAAGCUGAUAAGACGACCCUUAAUCGAUAAACAAACUUCCUACGUGGACAAUAUCUCUGAGUUGGCUGAAGAAUCUUUCAUAGACCUGUGCUCAGACGAUCCCCUGGAAAAAGUACUCACGUCCAGUGAGGAAGAAACAAUUAGUGUCGACAGCAGAGCUGAAGAAUACACACGAUUGAUGGGCGCAAGUAUGGAACUAGCGAAUGUUGAUGACAUAGAGGAUGACACUUCAGAAAUAAACGUCGAUCGAUAUUUGGAAAAAGCUGUCGAUCGACAACCAUCUCCCUCAGAAGAUUGGGAUCCCGAAAAUGCACCAAAGAUUGAGUUAAAGCAACUACCAGCUGGACUCAAAUAUGUUUUUCUCUAUAAAAAUUCUUAUAUGUAA